CGUUUUAUGUCUCAGCAUUUAGUAUUUAAGCAUGAAUCAUGUAAUGCCAUUAGCAAAAGAGACUAAAUGUAAGUGACUGAAGGCAAAUCCUGUUUAAAAUGCUGAACAGAAUGCAUGCUCGUAGGAUUAUAUGUUAUUAUAUGUUUCAUUUGUUCACAAAUUUGUUGAUAGAUGCUCAAGAUGAAAAAAUUAUCUAUAAUCAUGGACUGGAGACAAAAUCGUGCUUAUCAUCUAUAUCAGAUUUGAGUUAUACAGAGUGUUUGAAUCAUUUCCGAAAUAACAAAACUCACAUAAAUGUUAUGGUCUAUAGAAGACGAUUUCGUCUGUGUGAUACGUAUUUUGUUACGGGAACGAUUUCGUAUAAACAGGAGCCUGGGUCAAUGCUUGCAUACCGUCCUGUUACUGAACAAAAGGAUUGCCUUGCACUUUUUGAAAAAGGAUGCAAAGACGACGGUAUGUAUACAAUAAUACCUGUCGGUGGGUUAAGCAUACAGGCAUGGUGCGAUAUGACAAAUGGUGGAUGGACAGUUAUACAACGUCGACUGGAUGGGUCAGAAAACUUCUACAGAACAUGGACAGAUUAUGUUUGUGGAUUCGGUAACAGAUCAGGAGAGUACUGGCUUGGCCUUGAGAAUAUAUAUUGGCUUACUACUAUAGACAGUUCUUUGAAAAUUGAAAUGGAAGCAUUUGAAGACGUAUCAUCUACACAUGCUGAUGCCCAGUAUCACACGUUCAGAGUUGACGACGAAGAUUCAAAUUUUACAUUGCAUGUUAGUGGUUUCUCCGGGAAUUGUGGUGAUAGUCUUAUAUACCAUGAUGGAAAAAUGUUUACUACUAAAGACAGGGAUAACGACGAAGCAAAAUACAACUGCGCUCAAAAGUUCAAAGGAGGAUGGUGGUAUAAAGGUUGUCAUGCUAGCAAUUUGAAUGGACUGUACUUAUCGGGGAAUCACUCUACGUAUGCUGAUGGUAUAAACUGGCACUCGUGUUGGGGUCAUUAUUAUUCUAUCCGCAGUGUAGUGAUGAAAGUGAAAAGAAAUUUUCCGUAAAGCAAAACAACGGACAAUACUAUAUUUUACUUAGAUUUAACAUGAUUAUUAAGAAACAAUACUGGAAAGAAAGAAAAAAACACACAAAAAGCAGCUAAACAUUAUUUAACAAAAGAAAUGAUAUGGUUAGAUACGACUAUUAGUUCGACUAUUUAUAAUGUUAAUUAUUUAAAGUGAAGCAAAAUUGUUUAGUUGUACUGACUAUAAUUGUUUCAUUUCCACAGACUGAUAUAGUUCAGCUGAUACAUUGGUUGAGCUGAAAAUAAUGAACAUCUAUUAACAGUUUCAAUUUCAAAAAUAAUCAUUCAGUCAAUCAUUCUGGAAUAAAGUGAAUAACUAAAAUUAAUUUUACGAUAGUUCUUAUGAUAUUCAUUAUAUACAUAACAGACAUGACAAAUUAAGCCUUAAAUUUUCAACCAUUCUAUAUGCUUAAAUGUAUGCAUUUAAACAUUAGUGUAAGUUUGUAUUUGUCUUUUAAAAUUCUACCAAGAAUAGGUUUUGAAAAAGGAUAAUAAUAAUAAUAAUAAUAAUAAUAAUAAUGACAAUAAUAAUAAUUAUAAUAAUGAUAAUAUGUGUAAGUGGUUUCUCUGGAAAUAGUCGAGAUAGCCUUUCUUUUCAAGAUGGAUGUGUGUUUACGGCCAAAGUCAGGGAAAACGACGACAGUAUUGGCAAUUGUGCUCAUCUGUUCGAAGGUGUGUGGUAGUAUUAAAACAUGCCAUGAAAAGUAAUUUGAAAGGACCUUUUUUAUCAGGAAAUCACUCUAUGCUUGCUAAUAAAAUAAAGGGGAAAGCUAAACACUAAAAUACCAUUUAAAAUCAACAGAAAGCCUCCAGUGUAUUUGAUAUUAUCAGAAAGUAAUUAGAUUUUUAAUUAGAAGUCAUUCUCGAUUUUUACUUUAAAUAAUUGUUCAAUUGUUUCACUGGAAAGAAAUUAUGUAAGUUAAAACAAGGUUACGUAUGAAAAUUCGAAGUAAAUUACAUACUUAAAAUGACCAGUUUAUGUAAUUUUAUAUUUGAUCUCUCAAUAUAAUAUAGCACUGUAUAUCAGAAUGAUUGUUUGAAAUGAUAAGUCCUCUUUGGAGAGUGUCAUUGUUUUUUUUUACUAUUUUUCACUCAGUUUUCAACAAGCUGAAAUGCUGUAAAUAUUUUGUAGACAGCAAUUUGAUGUAAGAGACUAGACGUUUUGUUUGAACAAACAUCUGGAAAACAUAUUUGUUGAACUUUGUUAUGUUAAUGCAGUAAAGUGUUUGAUAAUUUGAAGAAUUAAAAAAAGAAAAUUCACUUAUUUGAUCCUUGUAUUUAAUUAAAAUUACUAGAUUGGAGAUAAAAAAAAACCCUAUCUUAUACAACAAUUAUAAAUCAGUACCUGUAACAAUUUUGGCCGCAUAUUAGAUUAAAUUAAAACUGUUAAUGAGGGUAUUAAAAUUCUCUGUAGAAAGCUGUAAAACAGAAUUAGUGACAUAAAAUGGAAUUAUUGACUACAACCUUCAGUUAAAUAAAGAAUCAAAGUAAAACUCAAGUGAUUACACAGACGGUUUAUCAGUAUAAGGACCACUUCAAAAAUGUUUGUUACAAAAUAAUGUUAUCAGGCUGAGUAUAUGAUGUAAUGUGCUUUUUAAAUGUUGUUCUCAAAAUGAUGAAAAUAAUGUUAGUCAUGUUGUCUCUUCGUAAAAGGAAAGACAUCAUAAUGAUUUUUUUCAUAAACAAGGCGGUAUGAUUGUACACUUAUAUAUCUCUAAUUGAAAUCCACUGAAUCAGUCAAUGUUGAUUUAUAUUCAUUUGUGAAAGUUUUAUUGUAUCCGAAUAUUUAUGCACCGAAUCGAAACUGUGUUACAGUUUUUUUACCCGUUUUUCUUCUUUUUCUUUCUUUCAUUGCCAAACAAUUGUUAUUUCACCCAAUAAAAAAAUGUAAAGAUACAAAGAUUUAAACAUUUUUUAAUUUUUUUUUUCAAUGCACUUGUAUUAUAAACAUUUAUAAAAGUCUUUUAAAACAUUUAUUUUGAAGUUGUUUGCUUAUGAUAUUAAUUUUAAUUGCUCGUAUAUCAUGUCAUAUUGCUAGAUUUAAUUUGCCUUAAACAAUUUAGCAUCGUUUUUAAUUUAAAACGAUGUGUAAACGAAAGUACUCUGUCAAUGUUUGUCAGUAAUUCAUCCAUGUGAAUGCAUCCAAUAUUACAACAUAUGUUAAAGUCGAUGUUAUGCUUAGUUUAUACUUAUUGUAUUUUAGUUUUAUUGAGUGGGAAGCUCUAAGCUUAUUGAAACACUCUCGGUUUUGUUUCCUUGAAG